UGUGCUGUUCACCUUUUCUUUCUGGAUGUUUUACCUCUGACUCAUCUCCCGGUAGACUACAAACACAUUCAAGUUAGCUUAGCAUGCUAGCUGGUUAGCACCGCGGCGCUAGUCAGAGUGACUGUUUGAUGGAGAGCAAACUGUGUUUCUGACGGAGUUCGUGUAGAGAAAAGGUUGGUGUCGCUGUGUGAAAAAUGUCUAAAGUCCAAACGGUGAGAGCGCUGGUGGAGCAGCGACUGACUGCGGCUGCUGAAGAGAUAUUUGGGCUGUUUGAAAGAACGAUAGCAGAGUACGAGGAGCAACUUUGUCGUUCAAAAGAGAAGAACGAGCGACAACAGAAACUACUGGACGCUGUUUUCAACCCUCAGCUUCACUUGCCCAGAGCAGACGUCCAGCAGCUGUUGGUGGUUAAAGAAGAGUUUCCCUCUGAGCAGCAGGAGAGGAGCUGCAGUCUGGACCAGGACCAGGAGGACCCAGAGCCCCCAUACAUUAAAGAGGAACAGGAGGAACCUUGGACCAGUCAGGAGGGAGAGCAGCUUCAGGGGCUAGAGGAGGCUGACAUCACCAAGUUCACAUUCACUCCUGUCCCUGUGAAGAGUGAAGAAGAUGAAGAGAAACCUCAGUCCUCACAGCUUCAUCAAACACAAACUGAACAGAUGGAAACAGAAGCUGGUGGAGAGGACUGUGGAGGACCAGAACCAGACAGGAACUCUGAUCCAGAUCCACAAGUCCAAAUAGUGAGAGCGCUGGUGGAGCAGCGACUGACUGCGGCUGCUGAAGAGAUAUUUGGGCCGUUUGCAAGAACAAUAGCGGAGUGUAAGGAGGAACUUCAUCGUUCAAAAGAGAGGAACGAGCGACAACAGAAACUACUGGAUGCUGUUUUCAACCCUCAGCUUCACCUACACAGAGCAGACGUCCAGCAGCUGUUGGUGGUUAAAGAGGAGUUUCCCUCUGAGAAGCAGGAGGGGAGCUGCAGUCUGGACCAGGACCAAAACCAGGAGGAGCCAGAGCCCCCACACAUAAAAGAGGUUCAAGAGGAACCUUGGACCAGUCAGGAGGGAGAGCAGCUUCAGGGGCUGGAGGAGGCUGAUAUCAUCAAGUUCACAUUCCCUCCUGUCCCUGUGAAGAGUGAAGAAGAUGGAGAGAAACCUCAGUCCUCACAGCUUCAUCAAACACAAACUGAACAGAUGGAAAUGGAAGCUGAUGGAGAAGACUGUGGUGAGAAACAAUUUAGCUGCUCUGAGUGUGGGAGAAGGUUUGGCUACAAGCACGUUCUGAAGAGACACAUGCUUUCUCAUACAGGAGAGAAACCUUUCAGCUGCUCAAUUUGUAAGAAAAAUUUUUCACAGAGUGGAACUUUAAAGAAACACAUGACACUCCACACCGGGGAGAAACUUUUCAGCUGCUCAGUUUGUGAGAAAACUUUUACACGGAGUGAUACUUUAAAGUCACACAUGAGAUGCCACACAGGAGAGAAACUUUUCAGCUGCUUAGUUUGUGAGAAAUCUUUUAGACAAAGUGGAACUUUAAGGUCACACAUGAGACUCCACACAGGAGAGAAUUCUUUCAGCUGCUCAGUUUGUGAGAAAACUUUUACACAGAGUGGAGCUUUAAAGAGACACAUGAGACUCCACACAGGAGAGAAACCUUUCACCUGCUCAAUAUGUGGUAAAGGCUUCAAUGGAAGUUGUGAUCUGAAGAUACACAUGAGAGUUCACACAGGAGAGAAACCUUUCAGCUGCUCAGUUUGUGGUAAAGGUUUCAGUCAUAGUUUUGCUCGGAAUAGACAUAUCAGACUCCACACAGGAGAGAAACCUUUCACCUGCUCAUUUUGUGGUAAAGGUUUCAGUGGAAGUUGUGAAAUGAAGACACACAUGAGAGUUCACACAGGAGAGAAACCUUUCAGUUGCAGUGUUUGUAGCAAAAGAUUUGCCUGUAGUUCACAGGUCAAAAGACAUAAAUGUGCUGGCCACUCGUCCUCAAAGUUUCAUCAAGCUGAGGAGAACAAAGAGGCAGAGCCUCGAGCCAGCAGCCCACAUGAAGAGUUGCUGACAGAAGCUGAUGGAGAGGACUGUGGAAGACCAGAAGCAGCCAGAAACUCAAAUCCAGGCGAACCAGAAACUGAUGAAGAUACUGGAGAUUCUCCUGAACCUGAGACUGAUGACAGUGGUGAUUGGAAAGGCCUGUACUACGAAGCAGGAUUUCAGGGUCAGCGAGACAUCCAGCAGCUGUUGGUGGUUAAAGAAGAGUUUCCCUCUGAGCAGCAGGAGAGGAGCUGCAGUCUGGACCAGGACCAGGACCAGGAGGACCCAGAGCCCCCAUACAUUAAAAAGGAACAGGAAGAACCUUGGACCAGUCAGGAGGGAGAGCAGCUUCAGGGGCUGGAGGAGGCUGAUAUCACCAAGUUCACAUUCAGUCCUGUCCUUGUGAAGAGUGAAGAAGAUGAAGAGAAACCUCAGUCCUCACAGCUUCAUCAAACACAAACAGAACAGAUGGAAACAGAAGCUGAUGGAGAGGACUGUGGAGGACCAGAACCAGACAGGAACUCUGAUCCAGAUCCACAAGUUCAAAUAGUGAGAGCGCUGGUGGAGCAGCGACUGACUGUGGCUGCAGAAGAGAUAUUUGGGCCGUUUGCAAGAACGAUAGCGGAUUGUAAGGAGGAACUUCAUCGUUCAAAAAAGAAGAACGAGCGACAACAGAAACUACUGGACGCUGUUUUCAACCCUCAGCUUCACUUACACAGAGCAGAACUCCAGAAGCUGUUGGUGGUUAAAGAGGAGUUUCCCUCUGAGCAGCAGGAGAGGAGCUCCACUCUGGACCUGGAGGACCAAGAGCCCCCACACAUUAAAGAAGAACCGGAGGAACCUUGGACCAGUCAGCAGGGAGAGCAGCUUCAGAGGCUGGAGGAGGCUGAUAUCAUCAAGUUCACAUUCACUCCUGUCCCUGUGAAGAGUGUAGAAGAUGAAGAGAAACCUCAGUGCUCACAGCUUCAUCAAACACAGACUGAACAGAUGGAAAUGGAAGCUGAUGGAGAGGACUGUGGAGGACCAGAACCAGACAGGAACUCUGAUCCAGAUCCACAUUUACAACCUGAUACUGACGAUGGGCCUGCAGACUCUUCUGAACCUGAGACUGAUGGCAGUGCUGAUUGGAAGGAGACCAGAGAACCUCAAUCAGGUUUGAACUGCUUGAAAAUUGAUGGCGGUCCUGUCAGAGAUUCCAGAUUUAGUGCUGGUGAGAAAAGAUUUAGCUGCUCUGAGUGUGGGAAAAGAUUUGGCUACAAGAGCAAGAUGAAGACACACAUGGCUUCUCAUACAGGAGAGAAACCUUUCAGCUGUUCAGUUUGUAAGAAAUCUUUUACACAGAGGGGGAAUUUAAAGUCACACAUGAGAUUCCACACAGGAGAGAAACUUUUCAGCUGCUCAGUGUGUGCAAAAAAAUUUGGCUCCAAGAGCAAGAUGAAGAGACACAUGAUUUUUCAUACAGGAGAGAAACCUUUCAGCUGCUCUGAGUGUGGGAAAAGAUUUAGCAAGGAGUACCAUCUGAAGAGACACAUGGUUUCUCACACUGGAGAGAAACCUUUCAGCUGCUCUGAGUGUGGGAGAAGAUUUAGCUUCGAGCACACUCUGAAGACACACAUGGUUUCUCAUACAGGAGAAAAACCUUUCAGCUGCUCAGUUUGUAAGAAAUCAUUUACACAGGGGGGAACUUUAAAGACACACAUGAGAGUCCACACAGGAGAGAAACCCUUCAGCUGCUCAAUUUGUCAAAAAUCUUUUACUAGUCGGUCUUAUUUGAAUGUACACAUCAAAGUCCACACAGGGGAAAAACCUUUCAGCUGCUCACUGUGUGGUAAAGGUUUCAUUAAUAAUGGGAACCUGAAGAAACACAUCAGCGUUCACACGGGAGAGAAACCUUUCAGCUGCUCAGUGUGUGGUAAAAGUUGCAGUCGCAGUUGGGAUCUGAAGACACACAUGAGAGUUCACACAGGAGAGAAACCUUUUAGUUGCCAUAUUUGUAGCAAAGGAUUUGCCCAGAGUUCACAUAUCAAAAAACAUAAAUGUGCUGGCCGCUUGUCCUCAAAGUUUCAUCAAACUAAGGAGAACAAAGAGGCAGAGCCUCCAGCCAGCAGCCCACAUGAAGAGAUGCAAACAGAAUCUGAUGGAGAGGACUUUGGAAGACCAGAAGCAGCCAGGACCUCAGAUCCAGAUGGACCAGAUACUGAUGAGAAGACUAGAGAUUCUCCUGAACCUGAGACUGAUGACAGUGGUGAUUGGAAGGAGACCAGAGAACCUCAGUCGGGUUUAAACUCUCAGUGAUUCUAGAUAUAGUGCUAGCAAGAAUCUGUUUGAUGAUGCCUCGUCAGAGUUCUUAAUGUCAGGUGAGCAAGAAAACAACAAAGUUUUUCCAUUUCUUAAUCAGUUUCAUCUUGUUUGAUUAAUUAUGAUGUUCGUUUCAUAAAGUCUGAGCGUUCUCAACUCAGAGAACAGACGUGACAUUGUGUCUCUUUCUCUGAUGGGUCAUGUUCUGUAUGUAGUGUUAAUCUCAUUAUGCACUUGGUUCUAAUAAAACUCUUCUGCUCUGA